AUGACACAAACCGCCAUCAUAGAUGUUACCUCUCAUACUCAUUUUCCGAUUAAGCUCACCCCAUUAAACUUUCCGGUGUGGCGAAAGCAGGUUAUGGCCACCCUUGUUGGCCUCAGACUGGACGGCUAUGUCACCGGCACCACUCACACCCCAUCCAAAACCCUUGCUUCCGAUUCAACCAAACCGAACCCCGCUUAUCUGACUUGGUUCCGCCAAGACCAAACCUUGCUCGGUGCCCUCCUCGGCAGUUGCUCGGAGCAAAUCCAACAUGUUAUCACCUCUGCUAAGACAUCAUGUCAGGCCUUCGAACAGCUUUUUGCAAGCUAUGCGAGUAAUUCCCGGUCUCGCAUAAUCUCCUUAAAAUCUCGGCUUGCAAACAACCCCCAAGGUUCCCGUCCAAUAGCUGAAUAUUUGCACGAGAUGAAAACACUUGCAGACGACUUAGCGCUAGCACAAUCUCCCAUCUCCGACGAGGACCUGGUUGUCCAUAUCCUUGGCCAACUAGGUGACGAUUUUGCAUAUGUUUCAGCGGCGUUAAAGAUGCGAGAAACAACCAUCAAAUUUUUAGACUUGUUCGACAAGUUGGUCGACCAUGAACGGUCUCUCCAGGUCAACCCUAGUGGCCCAAUUCUAGCCACUGUUAAUCAGACUCAACGACAGCCUGCUAGGCCCUCUAAUAAUCGCCCAAGUAGUGACUAUCGGACCCAAAUUCGGUUCUCAAAUGCUCCAAGGCUAGCUUGUUCUUCAACAUUUUUAAGCGGCGCAUCUUCGAUCCCGAAUGGUAAUCGUAAUUCUUUUUUUUGUAACUAUUGUUCCAUUCUGGGUCACGACACCAAAGACUGCAGAAAGUUGGCUAAGUUCCUCAAGGCGAACGAUAUCAUCAUCCAUGGGUCUGCUCCUGUCAUUAACACAUCGUCGGCUAGACCCAUCUCACCAACUAAUGCUUGA